AUGUCUUCGGAAAAUAAUGGUAAACCAAGCCUACCAUCAGCACAGAAACGUGAUAAUAAUAAUUCAGAUAGUGAAUCAGAUGUAAAUAAUGAUCAUCUAAUUGGAAAUGUACAACGUAUUGCUAUUGUUCCACCUAAUCAUGAAGGAAAACCAAAGAAAGGACAUUUAAUAUUCGAUGCAUCUUUCGAAUGUGGAAAUUUGGGUCGAGUUGAUUAUGUUAAUGAUAAUGAAUAUGAUUUAUUUAUUCGACCUGAUACAUGUUCUCCUCGAUUUCGAUGUUGGUUUUUAUUCACUGUAGAAAACGUCAAAGCAGAUCAACGAGUUAUUUUUCAUAUUGUGAACUUUUCGAAAGCAAAAUCAUUAUAUCGUGAUGGUAUGACACCAUUAGUCAAAUCAACUAGUCGUAAACGAUGGCAACGUUUACCAACACGAAAUGUAUUUUAUUAUCGGUGUCCAGAUCAUCGAAAAAAUUAUGUUAUGUCAUUUACAUUUUGUUUUGAUCGUGAAGAUGAUGUUUAUCAAUUUGCUUAUUCAUUUCCAUAUACAUAUACAAAACUUCAAAAUUAUCUUGAUAAUAUUGAACAACGACAAUUAGAUUAUAUUCAACGUCGACCAUUAGUUUUUAGUGUGCAAAAACGACGACUUGAUCUUUUAACAGUUGCUAAUCCAUCAUUAUUAGUUAAAGGAAAACGAAAAAAAGCUGUUAUUGUUACAGCUCGUGUACAUCCAGGUGAAACUCCAUCAUCCUAUGUUUGUCAAGGUUUUAUUGAUUUUAUUAUAAGUGAACAUCCAAUAGCAAGAUUACUUCGAGAUAAUAUUGUUUUUUAUAUUGUACCUAUGCUUAAUCCAGAUGGAGUUUAUCUUGGUAAUCAAAGAUGUUCAUUACUUGGUUUUGACCUUAAUCGUGUUUGGAAUGAACCAUCACAUUGGGCACAUCCUGAAAUCUAUGGAAUUAAAAGUCAUAUAAUGAAUUUAAAUGAAGAUGCAGAUUUUGAACUUGAUUUUUUUAUUGAUAUUCAUGCACAUUCAACUAUGAUGAAUGGUUUUAUGUAUGGAAAUGUUUAUGAUGAUACUAAUCGUUUUGAAAAACAUGGUAUUUUCCCACGAUUAUUUUCUCGUAAUGCAGAAGAUUUUUCAAUUAAUAAUACAACAUUUAAUCGUGAUGCAUUUAAAGCUGGAACAGGAAGACGAACACUUGGUGGUUGUUUACAAGAAAGUACACAUUGUUAUACAUUAGAAGUUUCUUUUUUUUCAUACCAAACAUCAACUAAUUCACAAGCUAUACCUUAUACGGAAGAAUUAUAUCAACAAUUAGGUCGAAAUUUAGCCAAAACAUUUCUUGAUUAUUAUAAAAGUAUUAAUUAUCUUUCAUGGUCACCCAGUUGUAGUAUCAUGCCCAGAUUAAAAGAAGAUCGAAUUAAAUCUCGUCUCACACGACAAUCCACUAACAUGCCAAUUAUAAAUCAAGACGAAGCAUUUCUCAAUGGUGAAACAUUUAAUUUAUGUAUGGAAGAAUUUAUCUAUCCACAAACACGCAAUAACAACGAACUUGAAUAA